AUGGCGGAGUUUGGCGUGGUCUCCCCACUAGUUGGUCUUCUGUCUAGUCCUGUGAGGGCCACCAGAUCUUACACUACUCUCUGCCUGUCAGUCAUGACCACCUCAGCUGACGUGAGGAGACAAGUGUGUUCCGCGGACGGACUCCCUGCUCUCUUGGCUCUUCUUAAACCUGACGAAGAGUCGGUGACAGUGGAGCAUGCAGCAGCCAUUCUCUCUCACAUGGCCAGAGAGUACUUCACAAAGACAAAGCUCCUCUCCCUCUCGGCCCACCAGCUGCUACUGCCACUAAUGACAAGGGACGACCCCAAUAUUCAGAGGCAUUCUCUGGAGACUGUGUGUCAAUUGGUGGAGCUUCACCAGGCUCGACGUGCAGUGGCUGAGGAAGGAGGUAUGAAGAGUCUCCUCUCUCUCCUCUCCUCCGAGUUCCCCACGAUCCAGGCCCUGGCCCUCACCUCCCUAGUCUCCUGUAUGAAUGACGGAGAUUGUCGUGCCAGACUCAGGGACGCUGACGGCCUCUCUACCAUCGUCUCCUUCCUCGGGAACAAGGAUGUGAGUGAUCUUCAUCUCCGGGCUGCCACUGCCCUUUCCCUCUGUCUCCAUGACGCGGAGAACAUGACUGCCUUACAGACGUCGAGGUCCCUGGAGCUCCUCCUCUCUCUCAUGACUGACGCUGGAGCCAACUCUGACAUGAAGACAUGUGCAGCUUCCGCCCUCGCCAAGGCUGCCCACGAUGAAGUGAAUCGAAGAAUUCUCCACGAGCAGAAUGUCGAAAAGACAUUUAUACAACUCCUCGCACAUUCUGAUGGUGAGGUGGUGACGGCAGGUCUGAAUGGACUGAGUGCCAUGUGUGGUCUCAGCAGUGGGCGGGCUCGGGUGGGGCAAGAGGGCGGAGUAGUGGGUGUGGUCUCGUGUGCAGGGAGGGAGGAAGGAGGGGUGAGAGAUGCGUCAGCCCAGUGUCUGGCUCAUAUCUCCACAGACUCUCCAGCCAACUGCAAAUUGAUCCAGGAGGCAGAUGGCUGCGUGGCUCUGGUCAGACUACUGACUGACACACAGGCAGCCUGUCGCAGUGGAGCCGCCUCCACCAUUACCAACAUGGCUCCCAGCCCUCUCGCAAGGGAAGAACUGUCAGCUGCCGAAGUCGUCCCUGCACUCGUCUCAUGUCUGGAGUUCACAGAUGUCGCAGUUCAAAGGUCGGCUGCGGAGGCUCUCGCUGCCAUGGGAACAGACUCUGCUGGGAGGAGCCAGUUCCUGGCCAGUGGGGGUGUGGCCUCGUGUCUCCCUCUUCUCUCGUCGGCGAGCCCUGCCCUCUUGACCUCUGCCCUCUCUCUCCUCCGCUCCAUGGCGCGGAGUCUGGAGGUGGCCCAGGAGUUCUGUGGGAACGGGUCUGUCUCUUCUGUCCCUUUCAUCUUGCCAAUUUAGUGGAAUUAUAAAAUUUGGUCCCAGCUUGCAGUUUCACAUAACAUUUUCCACUCCAUAGAGGUUUUCGUCUAACAGAGAAGCUACUUCUAAAUGUAAAAUCCACUUCCUCCCAUCUCUCUCGCAGUGCUCUCCAGUUGCUGACUCAGCUAUUCAAGAGAAGCCACACCCCCUCAGCCAUUGGCCCCUCCCUCCAGCAGCUGUUGAACUCUGACCUCUCGGCGAAGUGGUGGACGCAGGGUCACCUGGAGACCAGUGACGUAAUCAUCGACAUGGAGUUCUUUGACCCUGGACCUGUAUGUCACUCAUUUCACAUUACAUCAUCAUUAUGUCAUUGGCAAACAAAGUGAGCCAACAUUAUUUAUAAAAAGUGUAUACUCGCUAUAGCAGAGAGCAUUCGAUGAAGAAAACUUUAGCAUUAUUCCUUAAAUAUCUCCUUCUAUCAUCUUCGAAUAAUUCUCGAAUAAUUCUUUCUUGUGUAAGCAGGCAAUACACUGUUGGUUUUUGCCCCCGCAAUUGAAAAGUCCUCCCCAUCUCCCAACAGGCUCUAGCAGCUGCCCAACCCUUCUCCUCUCUCCCCUCCCUCCUCUCACACCCUCCCCACAUGAACAGACCCAUCCUCACCGCAAACCUCCUCCCCGAGGCCCCGCCCACUUCGACCGAGACCACACACACUCCAGCUCCAGUGGAGCAGGUGUCUCCGUCUCAGCCGAGAUCAAAGUCCAGAGGCAAAGGUCGCAAAGGUCAAGAGGUCGAGUCCAGAGUGUCAAAUCCGUCGAGGGAGGACCAGCCGCAGGUUCAAACCGACCAAUCAGGACCAAGCAGUGAGGGAAGUGGGUGUGGUCAUCUCCCAGUGGACCGAGGUCUCCAGACUCAUAUUUCUCACACCCUCACAUCUCUCUCCUCCCUCCCCACCCUCGCCGACCAGGCCCUCGCUCUUGCCAGUUAUGUCUGCAAUAGUAUGGGAGGUCCAGUGACUGCCUCUGGAAACAUGCCCUUUGAACUCCCACAGUCGGAACUACAGAAAGAGGCGGGGUCCAAUGUCAUCGCCAUUGGCAACAUCACCGCGGGAACCUACCGUCACCGAGCCCUUCUCUACAAGAUCUUGUCCGACCAGCUGGGUGUGGCCUGCUCUCUCACUCGCGGCGACUACGGCCGACACUGGAAUGAGGUUACCAUGGUAACCGACAACCCACGUCACUACAUUGUUGACCUUAUGACCUCCGGAGGACGUCUGUUGGAGGCGGGGUCACCUCAGGCUCUCCAAUACUGCCUCACCUGACCUCAGUGUUAAGUGUGUUGCUAUAAAUAGAUCAUGGCAUUACAGUGUCACUAUAAAUAGCUGAUCAUGUGACAAACACCAGUGUGAUAUAAAAGUCAUGUGACCUAUAUAUUAGUGGGCGUGUCUGUGUAGAUGUCGUAGUGAGAGGUAGGCCAACAGUCUGUAGAGAACAGAGAAUCCCAGCAUCGCUAGGAAACAGACGUAGAGAGGAUACACUCCACCGUACUCUCUGAUUACAUCUGCCCCUGUAAUUACCCCGCCGUCACCGGGGGAACCACCACUCCCGCUGCCAUGGUAACCAGCCAGUACGGUGGUGGCAUUGCAGGACGGGUAACUGGAUGCAACUUCAUUACAACU